AGGAAAGGAAAGGAAAGGAAAUCAGCCCGCCCCCGCACGACAAAUCCCAUCUCCACCUCCUGCCACGCCCUUCACCGCGCGCCGCCACCGCCCACCCCGUCGGCGCACCUGCCCCGACCCGACCGGCUACACGGGGAUGAAGCUCGAGCACACCUUCUGGAUCGGCUCAACGCGGCGGGUCGAGCGGUUGGGGGUGGCACGGCUGCUCGAUGUAGAACGGCGGCGGCGGCGGCGGCUGGAGCUUGCAGGGGGCGGAUCCGUGCGUGGCAGGGGCUGGGGAGCCUGAUCCGAAUGCGGGGGUCGCCGUUGACGACGAGGAAGGCCAGAGCGCGGGAUCCGGUGACCUAGCCAGGAGCUCGCCGGAGCCGGGCGACGGAGGGCGGGCGCGCGAGACGGAUGGAUCCGGCGCGGCGGCGCGAAUUCCUUGCAGGUAGAAGCAGCAGCAAAAGGAGGAGGAUGGGAAGGCUGUAGCCACCGCAGAGAAGAACGAGAUUGGAAAUGCUCUUCAGCAGCCUGUUCUAUGACUCGGCAUCAUCGGAGAACUUUUCUGGUCAUCCCGGUGUUGAGAGAUGCCCAUUCCUGAGGAACAUCAAUGGAGCCACAACCUUUUCAUUUUCUUCUGCUUUGCCUGUAGCUGCUCGGGGAAGCAAGGGCCUGAUCUUUGAGGAUGGACCAGGCUUUGAGUCGGCAUUCAAGCUUUUCCAUGGACAGGAUGGGAUAGUUCCCCUUUCAGGAAGAUCAUAUGUGCCUGAUGAGAACCGUAGUGAGAUCACUGAUGUCAAUCCUGAACCUGCUCUGCCCUUUAAUCCAUUUGCUGCAAGAGUCGCUACCAUAAGUCUAUCAGCAUUUGGACCAUUCGGGUUUAACUUCUAUAAUGGCAAGGGCAAAAAGCAGAACAAGAAGCCCAACAAUCUAGACCAGUCACACAAGAAGCCCAACAAGCCAGAUCAGAAUUCCAUGAAAGCAAGAGGCAGAAGCUGGAGCGACAGCCGUGGUGCCGUGGAAGUGGCGAGUCAUGGAGGCAGAGUUGGUCAGUGCAAAGUUGUGCGAAGCGAAGCCAGGCUACGCAGACAAGCAGGCCGAGGGCGAAGGCGGUCGGGUGCCACAGAUGGAGGCGCUGGGACAGGGUGGUGAGGUGAAGAGGACGGGGUCGAGAGCAGCUACAGUGCGUGCAUCUUGUCCCCUCCUUUGUUUUUUCACCAAGCCUACCUAAAAUCUAUCAAAUUAUUCAGGGUAAGAUAGCCGAAUACAUCUACCUCUGGUUAAUUUUAUUUUUUUAACAUGCAAGUACUUUAUUCAGCUGAUCGGGUCUUCUUUUACUUCCGUUCCUCAAUUGUAUUCAUUGGCUGAUCGCCAUGCAUCUAGAAGGUGAUGUCCUGAAGCAUCUAUCAACAUGGAUUAUAGACCGAAUUAUCAACAAGUAUGGUGUUAGCCAGUGUUACCGUGCUCUAAAACUAUGCAAUAGUGAUCUCAAAGAACCAUAAAUAUCCAACAUAGUGGUGGACUUUGGCAUUUUGUGUUUCUGUUAUGACUUUCCUUUGAAUAUUUUGUUAAUUUUCUAAUUAAUCUUUUCUUACCAGCACUGUCAGAGUGUGAUUCAUUAUAGAAAAUUUGAUUGAAGAUCUCAAUGAUGGCAAUUCUUUACAUAUGUAUAGUUGUUCAGCUCCUGCUUUCUGAAACUAUAUAGGAAAUUUGAUUGAAGAUAUGAUUGAUGGCGAUUCUAGGUCACAGUUGUUCAGCUCCUGCUUUCUGACCCAUCAAAUAUUUUGGUAUGCAUUUAUUUUCCCCUCAUUAGUCAGAUGCUUCCUGCCAUUGGAUUUACAGUGACAUCAUUCUUUAUUUCAGAAAAGUGUUUGCUCCAUCAGAUUCACAUAAAAAGAAAUUGCACAACUGCAUCAUGGCUGUCCAGUAUAUGAAGGAAGCUCCGGUUCUGAUAUCUGAUGCAGAUGUAGUCAGAGUUUCAGCAGAAUAUAUUCUUAAUGGCGACAAGGAACUAAUUCUUGCAUUUCUAUGGAAUAUGUUCAUUCAUAUGCAGGUUAAUCUACACAUGUCGUUCAGUAUCUCAUUACUCAUGUUGAAGUUUUAUACUGUUUUAUUUCACCUUUCGUUUGUACUGAAGAGGUGGACUAAUGGACUGACUUUUGUAUUUUUCACUCACUGCAUAGGCAGCAUUACAGUAGAGAUAUGUUGUACUUCUCA